AGAUGUGUGAUGAUAAAACUUUGUAAAAAACAAUGUGAAAUUUUGAAAAUAGUCAAGCUUUAUAAGCGUACAGAUAUGUAAUACAUUAUUAUACAUAUCUACGAAAUGUUUACCAAAAAGUCUCAUCAAGAUGUUAAGAAAUCUACCGUUAAAAUACAGGAUUCCAAAAAGGAUUCGACGACACGAUUGAAACACCUAAAGAUCGUUUUGGAACAUUACGAUAUUGACGAAGCCAAAAAUUAUUUUGAAAACAACUUCAGUCAUGUUUAUUUUAUCCUCUAUGACAACUUCAUACUUGCAGAAAAUAAUCUUCGACAAAAAGAACUUCCAUUUCACUUAGUCCACAAAGCCGGAAGAGAAGAAUUAGAAGGAGCUUUAUCACUACUGGAAAAAGUAUUGUGUCUUCUACCAGAGCUUAUUGGGAAGAGAUGGCAGUUGCACUCGUUGACGAGGAUAUUUUCAAAAUUACUACACACUGGAAACUCUCAAAAAUUGAGAGCAGAAGCAAUAAGGUACUUUCUGCUAUGGUAUCAAGCCCUCGGAGAGAAUGCUCCACCAGAAGUCAACAGGAUGUUCGCAUCCCUCGUACCCGGAUUACCUGAUUCCUGCUUGCCUCCCCUGGGAUCCCCGUUUAAGCCAAAAGUUUUUGAUGUCGUCACAAAUAUAUCUCAGGGUUCAGGCGAUUUUAAGAUGGAGGAUAUUCUGCAACAUCCCAACUUUAGCACGACACAGGACAAUGCAAAGAAAGUGGUAGUGGAACAAACAUCAACUGGAAUAAUGGGAAAACUAGCAAAUGUUUCGGCGUCAAUAUUUCACGAUACCAAUGCUUUAAAUCCAGUCCAAAGUGUUGAUAUACAACCGCUUUUACCGGCGAGUGCUAAUGAAAAAGCAGCUGAUAAUGAAACAAAAUUUUUCUUUGAAACCCUGCUAGAAUCGAUGACUGCCAGUGUAACAAAAAUUCAGUGGAAGGACCGUUCACACGCUAAGGCUAUGAGAAGCUUUGCAUUUUUAUUGGAAAGAUUUAAAAUGUAUUACAUACCUAUAAUAUGUCCACAAAUGAACCAUAACAACUCUUUAUACAAACCUAACUUGGAACUGCCAGUGCAUCACACUAUCCUAGAAGACGACUUUGUGUUAUGCCGAGUAGCAUUAAUAAGAUGGGUGGCGGGCUACGCACACUUUAUGAAGAAACCCGGUGGAAGCGACGGUCAACCAUCGUCCAUUACUAGCACAGGGUCUCACGCACAGUCUGCUAACCACACUCAGAACAGUACGCAACACGAAGAAGAGACUUCUUUUACCGUCGGCCACACUCCAGAAUCCACUAGAGCCUCAGUCUUCGAUUCUGCGUCUAUAACGCCACAUCCCAGCCUGGAAUCAGGGUCGUCCGGUGCGUACGAGGAGCUAAACGCCGAGCAGGUGGCGCGAGACGUGCUGUGCUGCUCGUCGCGUGACCACGUCGACUUCACCAUAGAGGUGCUCCGCCAGGCCUUCCUACUGCCCUUCUCCCAGGCCGCCACCAUCAGACGCGUCAUCACGCUCUACAAAGACUGGAUACAGAUGAAUGUGGCAGAAAUCCCACCGUUUUUGAUGGAGAACACAUUUGAGCAGCAAGUGGGUCAUACUGGUUCGGAGCCCCUCGCGCCGCCACGCCGACUCCGCAACGACUCCUACCUCGGCGCCAUUGGACGAGACAAUGUUAUGGUCCGAGCUGGGAUGCAGAACGUUCUGCAAGUGUUCAUGACGCAGGCCGCUCACGUGUUUGUGGGCGGGGCGGGGAGCGGGGCCGGCUCGGCGGCGCUUCUGGGCGAGCACACGGACACGUGCAAGCGCGUGCUCAACAUAUACCGGUACAUGGUCAUGCACGUGCCCAUGAACGAUAACUCCUGGGAACAACUAUUGCUCGUGCUUCUGCAAAUUACUUCACUAGUUCUCACAAAAGUGCCGCCAAAACGGAAACAAGAAACUCUAGGUACGUGCCUUGCACCAGCGUUGUUCCAAACAUUGAUUGUGACGUGGAUCAAAGCUAAUUUAAACGUAGCCGUGAAACCCGAACUAUGGCAGAGUUUCAUGGAGCUACUGACCAGGCUCACACAUUGGGAGGACCUCAUAAAGGAGUGGGCGAAAACAAUGGAGACCCUGACCCGCGUGCUGGCUCGGCACGUGUACUCGCUGGAGUUGUCGGAGGUGGGCGGGGCGGGGGAGGGGCGGAGGCGCGGGCGCGUCGUGCCGCAGCCGCAGCCGCGCCCGCCCACACGUCGCGCCCCGCUCACGCACGCCGCUGACACGCGCACGCCCGGAAAAUCACCUCGUGCGAGUACUGAAAGCGGCGCGCGCAAGGAACCGCACGCGCGGCGGCCAUUGGCCCGCGCCCGCAGCGACCCGCAUCUCGCGCGCCGAGCCACGCCCCCGCCGACACAGACCACUGACGAUACCAAAGAGACAAUUAAUCACAAACCUAGAAGAUGGUUUUCACUGGACUCACUGAGGCAGUCAUCACAACAAGGAGAGAGAGAUUCUGCUAGUGGUUCUCGUUCCCCGUCGCCGGCGCCGUCAAGCGGCGUGGAGUGCAGCUCCAUCAAGGACUCGCCGCUGCAGAUCGAACUCGUCUCCGAUGCCGGGCUCGACUGGUCGGAGAGCGACGUGGGCGACGCGAGCGCGGCAGGCGGGGCGGGGGUGGGCGUUGUGCUGGGCGGGACGGCGCGCGGCUGGCUGCCGGCGGUGGCGGUGGUGCUGUGGCGCCGCAUGCUCGCCGCGCUCGGCGACCCCAACGCCCUGCCGGACCCCGCUGCCCACCACCACUUCUUCACAUACCUAGUGCAUCUCAACGCGACGCUACUCAAGAUAAGUGCAAACCAAACACUAAAUGGCAACACUGAGAUCCAUGUGCCGUUCAACUUGGUGGCAGGCUGGUGUCUUGAAGCCGAGGCUCUACCUUCUUCACACAGGGCUGGCAAACUGCUGGCGCUGCGGCUGCUGUGCGAGGCGACGCAGGCGCAGGGCCCGGGCGCACCGUCGUCCUGCAACAACCGCCUGCAUCUCGCGCACCUACAUCUCUACCAGCGAGCCUUGCAUCAUGGUCUAACGGGCGAGGACCGGUCGGUCGUGGACGUGCUGGUGGCGGCGGCGGCGCCGCGAUACGUGUGGCUGGCGGCGGACGGCUACUCGCUGCUGCUGCUCGACUUCGUUCACGCCGCCACUGUCGUGCUCAACUCCGCAGAUAUGGCGCCAUCGUGCCCCCGGACGGCCGCCGUAACGUUUCUUGGAUCUCUAUUGUCUCUGCCCGACGGACUGAUGAAUGCGCCGAUGUUACAACCGUAUCCACAUCAAUACAACACAGUUUCUUGUCCAGAUCUAAAGGAGCACGUACUCAACAUAGUAGUGCGUGUGUGCCGGCGAGAGGGCGCGGCGGCGGCGCGGUGUGCGGGUGCGUGCGCACUCGCGGCGCACAUUGCGUACGUGCUGGCGGCGCGCGAAACUUGCGAGCGACUACCGGCAUACGUCACAUGCCUACUGCAUAUGCUGAUGAUGAAAAAUAAAACGAUCGCAAAAUUCGUAAGUGACGCAGUUCUGAUGCUGGCCGAUUACACCGACCGCAUCGUUGAAAUGUAUCCAGGCCUAGUCGAGACGAUAAUAAAGUGGAUCUGCGUGUGCCUGGCGGACAUCGCGGGCAACAGUGGGCGCGACGCCGUGAAGCCGCUGGCGGGCUCGCUGCUGCUGAGUUUGGCGGAGUUCGCCGUGCGCUGCGGUCCAAAUAUACUACUGCGGGAGCGGGACGGCGAACACUCCCUUCUGCUCUUGAUAUUUGAGGUGUUGCACGCUGUGAUGACGGGAGGGAACGGAACCGACAUUGAAGGGCUAACGGUGACCAUUGACGAAGACUUCGAUCCCAACAUACAACUGGAUAAUCUGGGCCCGAAAACCUCGCCCUCGUCAUCCAUCGAUGUCAAACUCUGGGCUCAAACGAUAAUGUCGCAGCUGGUGCUGUGCGUGGGGCACUGGCCGCUGUGGGGCGGGUGGGGGCUGUCGUCGCGCGUGGGCGAGGCGCACGACAGCGCACUGGGCGGCGAGCUGGACGCGGCAGUACUGCGCGCGCCGCACGUGCAGCUGCUGCGCCUCGCCGAGGGCACGCUCGCCUCGCUCGUGCUGCUGCCCGACCCCGCCGGCCCCGCCGCCCCCGCCGCGCCAGGGCUGAUGGCGUCGGAUCGUAUAGUGCGCGUGCUGCUGCGCGACAUCACGGGCAAGGCGUGCUGGGACGCCUCACCGCUCUACUACGACCCCACCGUGGCGCUCUCCGAGGACCUCCAAACACUGCCCUUGCCAAAGACAAUCGAUGACCCUAGAGAGAACACGUUGUCCUCUUUACCGCCACCGCUGCCACCUGAUUUGCUACCGGAUUAUAAGAAUUCACCGCCCGAUAAACAUCAGUUGGAUCAUAUACUGGCGUACAUCGGUCAUACGUCGCCGGAGGUGACCGGCGGGCGGCGGCUGGACGCGGCGGGCCCGUCGCCGCUGCCGCCCGGCGCCGAGGACGAGCUCGUGUGCGCGCUCGUGGCGCACCGGAACGCCGAGCGAGCGUACCUCGCCAACCGCGAAAGCACGGAGGAGUGGGUGGAGUCAGAGAGCGGGAGCGGCGGUGGGGGCGGUGGGGGCGGGGCGUUCGCGUGCGGCGCGCAGUUGGCGGCGCAGCUGGGUGUGUUGUCGCCGGCGCGUCGCACGCACGCGCAGCUGCUGCGCCGCUCCGAGUCCUUGCUGCGCGAGCUGCGAAACCUCGACGCCCAGCGAUGUCGAGAAACACACAAAGUUGCAGUAAUCUAUGUCAGCAAAGGUCAAGAAACCCGAAAUGAGAUACUGUCCAAUAGAUGUGGAAGCCCCGCCUACGAAGCGUUCUUAGCCGCUUUGGCUUGGGAGGUGGAGCUAGAGAGCCACGUGGGUUUCUCUGGCGGUCUGCGCGGCGGCGGCGGGGGCGGCGUGAGCGCGCCCUACCUCGCCACGCCCACCAUCGAGGCGCUGUUCCACGUCGCCACGCGCAUGCCCGCCGAUACACCUGACGCCAUACUCAAUAAGACCCGACACCUGGGCAACGACGAGGUGCACGUGGUUUGGAGCGAGCACUGGCGGCCGUACAAGCGCGACACGCUGCCGACGCAGUUCUGCGAUGUCCUCAUAGUGUUAUACCCGCUGCCCGGUGGACUACUACGCUGCACGGUCUCUCGGAAGCCCGACGUGGUGGUAUUCGGGCCGCUGUGGGAGGAGUGCGUGAUACGGGCGCGGUGCGGCGCGGCGCUGGUGCGGGCUGCGGCGUUCAGCGGCGGGCGGGCCGUGCGCGCCACUAUGCCGCUGUACCAGCACGCGUGCUCGGAGCGCGCGCGUGACCUCGACUCGCUCUCCCGUCAGUACACGCAGCCCGUGCCCUUCGAGACCUUCGUGGCGCGCCUCCGAGACCCACUGCCGCCCAUCGCCCCCGUUGCUCCAGAAAGAACGAGUGGUCGAUUGGCUAACGCUCUCCUAGACCACGGGUCGUGGAGUUCGAGCGAGUCGCAGUCUGUGUCGCCGCGUCCGUCCAAGCGGCUGGUCGGUGGCUUCAAGCGGCCGCCGGCGCUGCAGCCCGCGCCCGCCGCCGCGCUGCACGCGCCGCACCUCCCGCGACGGUGAACACUAACCCUUGUUGUCUUCUCUAAAUCAUCUCCUAAAUGCCCAUUACUGGAAAUGAAGAAUGAUUCUAACCUCGAUUAUCUAGUACGCAUUAGCGAGUACGUAUGAAAAAAAAUAUGAACGAUAACGACUAGGAAAGAAAAUUAUAUUAAAAAUACGACUUGAACAUCAAUUGUUUAAUCAGUCAUGAUAAACAGAUAAACCUUUAUUGCUCGAUUACUCUUAUUAAUAUUAUAAUAUUUGCCUACAUUUUUUAUUUGCUUUAAUUUAUCUGUUUGUUUCUUUAAAGAACAUGCCAAUAAUAUUUUUUGUAGAGUUUCUUAUUCAUGUUUUAAAUAUCUCACAUAUUUAUAAUAAUAAUAUUAUAUUUGUAACAAAAAUUCACCGAAGUAACUAGUGAGGUUGAACAACAAACCGGUAACCUGACAACUCCUUUAUGAAACUUCUACACGGCACAAUGAUUGUUAGCAUCUAUAAUAAUUCAUUUUACAAUGCUUGCAAUUAAUUAGUACUUACUUGAAUAAAACUCUAUUAUUACCACAAUCAGGAACAUCUUUACUAUCAAGCCAUAACUGAUUUAUAUUUCGAUAACAAAUUUGCUAAAACAUUUUAUUUUCAUGGGUGGCACAACUAUGCUUAAAAUAUGGAAUCUCAAUAC